AUGGCGGCGACCGAGGGCGUGCUCCUGGGGAUGGGCAACCCCCUCCUCGACAUCUCCGCCGUCGUCGACGACGCCUUCCUGGCAAAGUAUGAUAUCAAGCUGAACAAUGCCAUUCUCGCCGAGGAGAAGCACUUGCCUAUGUAUGAUGAGUUGGCUAGCAAGAGCAACGUUGAAUAUAUUGCUGGAGGAGCCACCCAGAACUCUAUCAGGGUUGCCCAAUGGAUGCUUCAAACUCCUGGUGCAACAAGUUACAUGGGAUGCAUCGGAAAGGACAAGUUUGGUGAGGAGAUGAAGAAAAAUGCCCAAGCUGCAGGAGUUACUGCUCAUUACUACGAGGAUGAGACUGCUCCUACUGGCACAUGUGCUGUAUGUGUUGUUGGUGGUGAAAGGUCAUUGAUUGCAAAUCUGUCGGCAGCAAACUGUUACAAAUCUGAACAUCUAAAGAAACCAGAGAACUGGGCACUAGUUGAGAAGGCAAAAUAUAUCUACAUUGCUGGAUUUUCCUUCACGGUGUCACCUGAUUCUAUCCAGCUAGUUGCUGAGCAUGCUGCAGCAAACAACAAGGUGUUCCUGAUGAACCUCUCUGCUCCCUUCAUCUGUGAGUUUUUCCGUGAUGCCCAAGAGAAGGUCCUCCCGUAUGCUGACUACAUCUUUGGCAAUGAAACUGAGGCAAAGAUAUUCGCCAAAGUCCGAGGAUGGGAGACUGAGAAUAUUGAGGAGAUUGCUUUGAAGAUCUCUCAACUUCCUUUGGCUUCAGGCAAGCAAAAGAGGAUUGCUGUGAUUACUCAAGGUGCUGAUCCAGUGGUUGUCGCUGAGGACGGGAAGGUGAAAACGUUCCCUGUGAUCCUAUUGCCCAAGGAGAAGCUUGUUGACACCAACGGCGCAGCAAAUGGAUUUGAACUAAGGCUUCUCGACAUUUUAUUUUCUGUUCCUGAUAACCAAUCCUCCUUGCUCCUAGGCGAUGCUUUCGUUGGAGGCUUCCUCUCACAGUUGGUUCAGGGCAAGAGCAUUGAAGACAGCGUGAGGGCUGGUUGCUAUGCCGCAAAUGUUAUCAUCCAGCGCCCGGGCUGUACUUACCCGGAGAAGCCUGACUUCAACUAG